AUGAGGUUCCUUGCUUUCAGCGCUUGCAUUGCAAGCGUUACGGCCGAUGUUAUCACGUCCGACAGUCACUUUUAUGGUCAAAGUCCGCCUGUGUAUCCGUCACCUAGUGGGACUGGGACUGGAGACUGGGCAGAGUCAUACACCAAGGCAAAAGCGUUUGUCGCCCAGUUGUCACUUGAAGAAAAGUCAAACCUUACUUUCGGCGCUUCCACGACUGAGAAUGGGUGCUCUGGUUUCAUUCCAGCUAUCUCACGACUCGGAUUCCCCGGACUUUGUCUCUCGGAUGCCGGAAAUGGACUUCGAUCUACUGAUCUAGUCAAUGGGUAUCCGGCCGGACUAAGUGUUGGUGCAAGUUGGAACCGGAAACUCACGACCCAACGAGCACACUUCAUGGCCGGCGAGUUUAAAGCGAAAGGUGUCAAUAUUGCCCUCGGUCCAGUUGUUGGCCCUCUCGGUCGCGUCGCUCGUAAUGGUCGAAACUGGGAAGGGUUCAGUAAUGACCCAUAUCUAAGCGGUGUCCUUGCUGCCGACACCGUCACAGCAUUCAACAAACGUGGUGUGAUGACCAGUCUCAAGCACUACAUUAUGAACGAGCAAGAGACAAAUCGGAACCCUGUUACUGGUAGCACCCCUCAGACCGAGGCGGUUUCGUCGAAUGUGGAUGAUAAGACGAUUCAUGAAUUAUACCUAUGGCCUUUCCAAGAUGCCAUCAAGGCAGGCUCUGUGAAUAUCAUGUGCAGUUAUAACCGAAUCAACAACUCAUAUGGCUGUGCCAACAGCAAGACUCUCAAUGGGCUUCUUAAGACGGAGCUUGGUUUCCAGGGAUUUGUGGUUACUGAUUGGACUGCGCAACACAGCGGAGUUGCCAGCGCUUUGGCCGGUCUUGAUAUGGUCAUGCCUGACACUAAAUACUGGGGUGACAAUCUGACUACUGCAAUCAACAACGGCUCUGUUCCGGAGAGUCGAUUGAAUGAUAUGGCCACUCGUAUUCUUGCUGCAUGGUACUAUCUGGGUCAAGAUAGCAGCAUUCCCGAACCUGGAGCUGGAAUGCCCUAUUCUGUCAUUACACCACACAAGAGAGUGGACGCAAGAGACCCAGCUGCUCGCCCUGUUAUCCUACAAGGUGCAGUUGAAGGCCAUGUUCUUGUGAAGAAUAAUCAUGCAUUGCCCCUCAAAAAGCCACAGGUCCUGUCCGUCUUCGGGUACUCCGCCGCAACCUAUAAAGCAUCAGUCCCAUCUACCAGUGGAUUCGGAUCGUGGGGACUCGGUUACGAAAGCACUGAUGUCCAGCAAAUUAUGGCUGCAAUUGGACUUAAUGAAGGACAAUCAGUUGAGCUUCAGUCUAUUGCGAUCAACGGUACGAUCAUCAUGGGCGGUGGUUCUGGUGCAACAACGCCCACCUAUGUCUCUGGUCCUCUCGACGCCCUUACAAACCGAGCUAUGAAAGAUAACUCGGCCCUGUUUUGGGAUGUCGAAAGUCCAGCACCUGAAGGUGUCCCCGCUUCGGAUGCUUGCUUGGUCUUCAUCAAUGCGUGGGCAUCUGAAGGAUAUGACAGACCUGGUGUUUAUGAUGAUUAUUCUGACAACUUGGUCCUUUCUGUCGCUGAUCAGUGUGGCAACACGAUUGUCGUGAUCCACAACGCGGGAGUCCGUCUCGUUGACAAUUUCGCUGAUCAUCCUAAUGUCACUGCUAUUGUCUAUGCCCAUACACCAGGCCAGGAUUCCGGUGCUGCCACAGUUGCAUUGCUCUACGGUGAUGAGAACUUCUCUGGUAAGAUGCCGUACUCUGUUCCGAAGAAUAUCAGUGACUAUGGCGCGCUACUUGACCCCAGUCUCCCAGAGGGUGACUAUGUCAACUAUCCUCAGAGCGACUUUUCUGAGGGUAUCUUCAUCGACUACCGCGACUUUGAGUCCAGAAAUAUCACACCUAGAUAUGAGUUUGGGUUCGGUCUAUCGUAUACUUCGUUUGAAUAUGGCUCGCUUUCUGUUACCAAGACCAAGAAGGCAAACAAUGCCGCCAGAUAUCCUUCUGGGGCUAUUGAGCAGGGUGGACAAGUUGAUCUGUGGGAUGUUCUCGCCCGGGUCAAAUUCACAGUGAAAAACACUGGCCCAGUGGCUGGAAAGGAAGCUGCGCAGCUUUAUAUCGACACUCCUUCCGGUGUCAAGCAGCUCCGCGGCUUUGAGAAAGUCUCACUGAAUGCGGGCGAGAAAGAUUCCGUCACAUUGGCCUUGACUCGUCGGGAUCUGAGUGAGUGGGAUGUUGUGGCUCAGAAGUGGCGGUUGGUGAGUGGUGCAAACCGAGGCAUUGGUUACGAAGUUGCCAAGCUCCUCCUCUCCUCACAAGACAAUUAUUACAUUCUUCUCGGUUCCCGAGAUGCAGGACGUGGUGCUAAAGCCGCCGCAGAAUUGGAUCCCACCGGCGCAUCAGUGGAACCAGUCACUAUUGAUGUAAGCGACGACGCUUCCAUCGAGCUAGCAGCACAGCAUAUCGCCUCAAAGCAUGGACACCUCGAUGUGCUCGUAAAUAAUGCGGGCAUCAACACCGAGCUCGACGUCCUCCUGCAGCAGCAAAAGAAGCAAGAACAGGGCGACCUCGGGGCAACACCGGACUUUGCGAAGCUGCGAGAAGAAAUAAAAUCACAAGGGACUGAGAAAUCCAACCUUGCCCAGCUUCGGAAACUCUACCGCGAUGCAUACGAAGUCAACGUCUUCGGCGCAGCAGCAACAACCGAGGCCUUCAAACCCCUUCUUGCGAAAGCCGUAGCCUCACCACCUCGCAUUGUCUUCGUUUCUUCUCACACGGGGUCGAUGGGUCUGCGGAGUGAACCAUCAUCUGGGAUCUGGGAGAAGCUUCGCAGCCCUUCAUUCCCGACCUACCGCAGCACCAAGGCCGCUCUGAAUAUGCUGACGCUACAUUAUGCGGCACUGUUCGAAGAACAGGGGUGGAAGGUUAAUGCCUCGGCUCCGAAUCUGACUGCCACGCAUUUCUCGCGCGGGAUUGGACGACCUGCGUCUGAAUCUGCUGUUAAUAUUGUGCGGUUGGCGACUUUGUCGGUUGAUGGGGAGACUGGGACGUAUUCUGAUGAGAAUGGGACUGUGCCGUGGUAG